ACCAACCCUCCUGUCCAUCCUCACAUCGCAUACAAAGUCAGCUCAGAAUCAAUCCAACCGGAACACCGACGACCAACGAUGCAACUCAGGCGGAUCCGCACGCUGGGCCGCGGCGCGUCUGGCGCCGUCGUGUGGCUCGCGUCCGACGAGGCCUCGGGGAAACUCCUGGCCGUCAAGUCCGCCGCCGCCGGUGGCGCGGCGCAGCUGGAGCGCGAGGGCAGCGUGCUCACCGGGCUCUGCUCGCCGCACAUCAUCCCCUGCCUCGGCUCCCGCGCCGCGGAGUGCGGCGAGUACCAGCUCUUCCUCGAGUUCGCGCCCGGCGGCUCGCUCGCGGAUGAGGCCGCCAGGAGCGGGGGCUGCCUCCCGGAGCCCGCCAUCCGGGCGUACGCCGGGGACGUGGCCAGGGGGCUGGAGUACCUCCAUGCGAGGUCGCUGGUCCACGGGGACGUGAAGGCACGGAACGUGGUGAUCGGCGGCGACGGCCGCGCCAGGCUCACCGACUUCGGCUGCGCGAGGGCCGUGGACUCCCUGCUCCCGAUGGGCGGCACGCCGGCGUUCAUGGCGCCGGAGGUCGCGCGCGGCGAGGAGCAGGGGCCGGCGUCCGACGUGUGGGCGCUCGGCUGCACCGUCGUCGAGAUGGCCACUGGCCGCGCGCCAUGGAGCGACAUGAACGAUCUGCUCGCGGCCGUGCACCGGAUCGGGUACACCGCCGCCGUGCCGGAGGUGCCGGGGUGGCUCUCCGCGGAGGCCAAGGACUUCUUGGACGGAUGCUUCAGGAGGCAGCCCAGCGACAGGUCCACCGGAGCGCAGCUCUUGGAUCACCCGUUCGUUGCUUCCGCCGCUGCCGCCGGCGAUUACAAGGCCGCGCCGGCGAAGCAACAAUACACGUCUCCCAAGAGCACGCUGCAGGACGCACUCUGGGACUCGGACACCGACGACGAGGAGGCGGACGAAACGCCGGCCGAGAGGAUCGGGGCAUUGGCCUGCGGCAACUCGGCCUUGCCGGACUGGGACUCGGAAGAUGGCUGGAUCGAUGUGUGCCACCAGGUCCACAGAGGCGCUGACUCGCCGCCGGCCGAUGUGGGUUACGACCUCGUUUGGCCCGAAGAAUCAGACGCAGAGCGCGAGCCGUCUGCGGUUGCUGCUGACGACAGCAACGGCAUACCGCGCAAUGCAGUGGUGACCGACUCUUCCAUUUGGCAGUACAGUUACGUGCGCCCCGUGCAUUUAGGCAGCUGUAGAAAAAAAUCUCACCCGUUUCAAUCCGACGGGGAUGAAAAAUUGAGUUUUGACCGUCAUUGUAACAAAGACAGAGUAAUGGAAUUCAUUUUUUUGCUCAAAAUCUCAAAGUCUGCGACCAACCAUCUCUCUGGUACUACAUUCCUCGUGUGCGACGUCGUCCGUCGCGUUCCCCUGCUCGCUGAUCGUGCGCGCCCGCACCUGCAACCCUUCCAUUGCCGCGCCCUCCCGCUCCUCGUCGCCAGCCCUCGUUCGCCGCCUCCCCGCCGCACCGUCUGCCAUGGCCCCAUCCCUGGCCUCCACUCACCGGCGGCCGUGCCCUGGCUACUCCGGCCGCUCGCGUCGCCCCUGCCCCUGUUGUCCGUCACCGCGCCCGCGACCCCCUGGACGCGCGUCCGCCUCCUCGUUGAUGUGCCCCGCCUGGCCUCUCGCCGCUGCUGCUCGGCGGGCGACCGCCCUCGCCAGGGCCCGGGCCGCCGCGGCCACCAAUGCCCUCUGCUCGCCCGGCCGGGCGUGCUCGCGCCCAUGGCCGCACGCCCACCCCGCGCACCCGUUAGCCGGCCCCGUUAG